AGCCUUGCGUGGGGCCGGGGCCCUGCAGAGGAACCUCCAGAGCUGCCUUGGCUUCUUGGUUUUUCUCUGCUGUUGCUGAGAAUGCUGACACCAUCCUGCUGUUUAGGCAAGAGAGAAGAAAGCAUUUGUCUGAUGUGUCUUGCUGACAUACGUGAAGCCAUCCUGUGUUCAUUUUCCUUGGGAAUUAACACAGGGAAGAAGAGUUGUCAUAAGGAAACUUACAUAAGUCCAAGAGGAAAAACAGCUCUUCUGAGGUAUGAAGCACUGUGCCCUGUGAUCCUUACUUUGCUGGCUCUCACCAUAGGAGGAUGGCAAGCAUACACUGUGAAAAUUGUUCUGGUCACUACCACUACACCCAGGUCAACCAACCACUUGAAAUCAGCUGCUUCUUGCUCCUGAUUAUGCUUGGGAAAGUGUUCCUUGAUUUCUUCAUGUUGCAAGUUAAGCAAAAAGAUGUGAAAGUUAGUUUUAUGGGAUACUUCUGUGUUUCUCUGGCACUUCUGGAUUUCAUACUGCUGAUGAGUAUGUCUUUCAUUUUCUAUUUUGAGGACUUUGCACUCUGGGGUGUACGAUUUACAAAGUACCACAUUUGCCUGUUCACUCAGAUAAUUUCUCUUACCUAUGGUAUUUUGCAUUACCCAGUGUAUCUUGCAGCUGGUCUGGAUUAUUACAUGACUAUCACCCAAAGCUCUCACUUCCCUAAGAGAAGUCAAAAAUUACUUUAUGUAUUUGCUGUGGCAGUUAUAUGGAUCUCAGGGUUUUUUUGUAUUCUGAAAGUUCCUGCUGUGUAUGAAGAACUAGAAAUUCAGAACCAUUUUUCUCCUUACCAGUGUCCUCUCUAUGCCAGCAUGCAGAGCUACUCAGUCUCAUGUGCCAUAGUGCUGCUCCUCAGCAUGGCUCUGCUGGCUUGUUGGAAGGAAGUUCUAACCAUGCUGCUGUCUGUCAGGGUGGUUUCCUUUGCCAGCCAGCCUGUUCUGAUGUUCUCCUAUAUGUCCAACAACAGUAGCACUUGUUUUAAGUGGCAGCUCCUGACCAGGCUCCUCAUCUGUUUUCUUGGCACUUGGGCACCUUUUGUUCUGCUUCAAAUUAUUGUUUUGUUUCUGGGGGGUCGGAUCCCAGCCUACAUGGAGAUGAAUGUCCCUUGGCUGUACUUCAUCAACAGCUUUCUCAUCGCGGUAGCGUACUGGUGUCGAUGUCACGAUGUUGAACUGACAGAGGAGUUGUGGUCUACAGAUCCAUUUGUCAGCUGGAAAUUCUGCUUUAUGCCAUUUAACAACGAAAACACAGAGCCAGUUGAGAAGCCAGGCACAGUAAUUGUAAUCUGUUAAUGAGCUGCUGACUGAGAACACUGCAAAUCCUUGCAGAGAGAAGCGUGUCCUCUGGUGCUCCGUGGUUGUGUCCUUAAAGGUAACACAAGUGAACAUCUCCAGAGAUACAUUCCAUG